CCGGAAAAGGAGAACAUUUCCCAUUUUCCGCUCUUCGUGUUCCUUCUCAGCGCCUCUCUUUUCUCUCGCCCGGUGCGAGAGGACGUCCCCGGGGGAAAGAGAAAACGGGUAAAAGAAGAAGAGAGGAAAAACCCUAACCGAUCUCUCGCUGUAAGAUUAGGGGUUUUCUGAUCUUCGAUUUGCCGCCGAGAUGGGUCAGCAAUCCUUGAUCUACAGUUUCGUGGCUCGCGGGACCGUCAUCCUCGCGGAGUACACGGAGUUCUCCGGCAACUUCACGGCGAUCGCGUCUCAAUGCCUCCAGAAGCUUCCCGCCUCCAACAACAAGUUCACCUACAACUGCGACAAUCACACCUUCAAUUACCUCGCCGAAAAUGGAUUCACCUUUUGUGUAGUCGCAGUUGAGUCUGUUGGAAGACAAGUACCCAUUGCAUUUCUGGAACGCGUGAAAGACGACUUCAACAAGAGAUAUGGAGGUGGAAAGGCUGCAACUGCUGUUGCACAUAGCCUCAACAAAGAAUUUGGGCAUAAACUGAAGGAGCACAUGCAAUACUGCGUCGACCAUGCAGAUGAAGUAAGCAAGCUUGCUAAAGUGAAGGCUCAGGUUUCGGAAGUGAAAGGUGUGAUGAUGGAAAACAUUGAGAAGGUUCUUGACCGUGGUGAGAAGAUUGAACUUCUUGUUGAUAAGACUGAGAAUCUUCGAUCACAGGCUCAGGAUUUCCGGACACAAGGAACCAAAAUGAGAAGGAAGAUGUGGUUUCAGAACAUGAAGAUCAAGCUUAUUGUUUUGGGCAUUAUUGUGGCCUUGAUUCUCAUAAUCAUCUUGUCUGUUUGCCAUGGGUUCAAGUGUUAAAUGGAUUUUAGAAAAAGGUAUAUGGGAUGGUACUGCCACUACAGAGUUUUCGUCUUUUCUUUGUAUAUCUUAUAUGCACGAAUCAUUCUACUAUAUCUAGCAGAUCUUUUUCGAUGCUUGCA